CGUAACUCACUCGUCCAUUUUAAAGACUGGAAUGCCACGAUAUCUAUCGAUUCAACAGCGUUAAACCACACGCGAUUAUUUAAACAAAAUCGUGCUAUUUACUUGAAAGCAGUUUUGUUACGUUUACUGCCAAAGUGAUGAACGAGAAAAGACAUAUGCCUCUUACGUUGGAAGCCGUGAGGGAAUUGAUAACAAAAGAUGAACCCAAUGUGGAGAUUAAAAACUUGGAAGAGGAGCCAGGGUCAGGAAGAGGUGACAAUUACACGUCUAUGCUUUAUCGUAUACGUGCAAAGGGUCGAAGACAAACGGAAAACAGUGAAUGGAUUAAUUACGAAUGUGCGAUUAUUUAUAAAGUUUUGCCUGAAUCGAGGGAACAUCGGGAAGCGUUUAAAAGCGAACAACUCUUUCGAAACGAGGUAGCGUUCUAUACGUAUGUGUGGCCCGCUUUGAAUAAGUUACAAACAAAUCAUGGAAAAGUGUUUAGCGGAGUCGCCAAAAUAUAUGCAGCGCGGUUUGAUCUUAUCGUUAUGGAGGAUUUAAGAGAAAGAGGCUUUAAAAUGGCAGAUAGAAGGAAAGGAUUACAACUUGAUCACUUAAAACGAGCCUUGAAAGCCUUAGCCGGCUUUCAUGCGCUUAGUUUGACUUUUAGAGAAACAAGGCCGGAAGAGUUUGCAAGAUUGACAGAUCCAGAUGGAGGACAAGGUGUGCAGGAGGCAUUUUUUCGACCGGAAAACGAAGAAUGGUAUCGUCAGUAUUAUCAAGAAGCUGCUAAGAACGCUAUUAAAAUGGUAUCAGACGGGCUUCCUACUCACAUGGAGCACAAAAGAGUCGAGAUAAUGGAAAAACUGGGAGCCUUUCUCAGCGAUGAUGUAUUUUUUCGCACCAUGAGUGAAUUGGCAGCUGCGCGGGGACCUCUCACUGUCUUCUGUCAUGGUGAUUGUUGGACUAAUAACAUUUUAUUUCAAGAUGACGCCGAAUCAAACGAAGAGGACGUCUGUUUACUCGAUUUUCAACUAUCUCGGGUUGGUUCACUUGCCCUUGACCUUGCAAAUUUUCUGUACUGUUGCACAAGCGGGGAGAUUAGACGGGCUCACAUGACGCAGCUUCUCCAGCACUAUCAUUUCCACCUGAUGUCUUCGUUACACACACUUAAUCCAGAACAGCCACCAAAAGAUCCAUCUGUUAUGUGGGAGCUAUUGAAUGAAGAAAUGCGACGUUGCGGACGAUUUGGAGUAGGUCUCGCAUUAGACAUGUUGCCAAUUAGUACGUGCGAAAGUGAGGAAGCACCAGAUAUGUACGAAAGGUCGGAAACAUGCAAGGAAAAUCAAAGUUUGCGAGCACCACCUCGCGGAAAUGCAGAAUGCGCGCGACUGAUGACUGAUUUAGUUUUGGAACUCGUACACAACCAUGCUUUGUAACUUGAACGUUAACGAAUCUUUACGAUUAAUUGGAAUGUAAGUUUCUUAUGAUUUAACGAAAUAAAUCAGCCGCUAUGUUGUAUAAUCUUGUGCACACAAAUACACACAAAGAAUCGUAGACUGCGUUGCAAAUUCACAUUUAAUUUACGGUGUGAAUGAGGUGUAAGGAAAAUGUGUUAAAAAAAUGAUGAUUUCUUCUUCUCAAAAAUAUUUCUACACGAAUUUGUAAUAGAUUAUGUUUAGUAAUUGUUUCGUAAAUUUUCCAAAUACGUUAAAUGAGAUCAAAACAUAAUGCGUUGUAACGCAAGAAACAUUACGCUGUAUCGCAGAAAUAAUAUAUUCAGUAUUAAAAAUUUAAUUUAUA